UCAAACUGAGUGGAUGUGCCUUCCUCGUGCUCCUGAUUUUUUAUGCUGUUUUGCCGUGCUAUUUUCUGGAAUUUCAACAUUUGCAACAGUGGUGCUGCUGAGUUGUUCGUGCUGGCUAGUGCGUGCCUUCGAUUAAUAUAAAGUUGCACUGGAGUUCUUCUGUUAAUUCAACAUUUUUGCCGAGAAAGUGUUUGGCUUCGUUUCUGCUCCUGUCACUCAUCAGUUUGUGCUGAGUCAUCGUUAUGCAGUGCUCAACCUGCAAUGCACCCACCGAUAGUGCUAAUUCGGUGUCCUGUGCCGGUGUUUGUGGUUCCAAGCAUCACACCCAUUGCACGGGGUUGUCUCGUGAUUCUACUCGUGAGCUUGGGCGUAAUAAUCAGUUAUUGUGGUUGUGCAAAACAUGUCACGAGUUUCGCAAUGGCACAAAUUCACUUCUCACAAAUCGGCUAUCAAGAGCGAUUUGCUUCCUGAGAUCCUCGCUCUCGUUGAUAAGCGAGCGCUAGCACCCAUAUUAGCUAAGCCGUCUGUUAGCAACGCAUCGCUUACGCACACAUCCACUAAUGUAUCGUCGCUCAAUGCCACAAAUACAUCCAGAACGACUAAAACAGCUUCCGCUCGCCGUACAUUUACUAACUCAACGGAGCUCACUGCUGAUAUCCAAGCUGCGAACGAUACCAACACUGUAGAAGAUUCUGACAACUGUAACCACUACAAUCAUCGUACUAAGCCGACUAGUGAUGUUAGUGCUGGAAACUACCGAACAAAUACACAAGCAUCUUCUGAUCCUGUUUUGAACCAAAACACACCAACAGGGGCAUAG